AUGUCGACAAAUAUAUACACUAAAGAGGAGCUGGGAUACUUUAGGUUAGCCAAAGGUGUUAUAAAUCAUUCUACUGCUGCCCUGAGAAAAGUAUUUAAGCAAGAAUGGAACUAUCUUUAUCCUCUUACGCCAUGGCGAAAUGACGGAACGAGUGGAUCGCAGAUGCUUGCCAAAGAACAACCUUCAUCGCGUUUGUAUGAUCCGAAAUUUGCGAAAGAUUACCAAGCCAUAAAGGAUCAUUUGCGGCAUGGAGACAUGGAGCGAUGGGAUGUAACGACGUUGGUUUUUGCCUUGCUCUACUCGUACGCUUUGAGCGGAAUACGGAAUGAUAGCCGACAUUGGAGAAGGGUAAAAAAUGCUAUACAUGAAAUAAAGGGGAUCAGAAACACGGUGCUCUCACAUGCUUGUAAAGCGUCAAUUGCUCACAGCACCUUCAUGAGAAUCUUCGGUAUUUUAGAACGAGCCGUGGAAGACUUGUUGACAACGUCAGAUCCUUUGGUCGGAAAAUUGAAAGCGUUGCGAACAGAGACUGAAUUCGUUACAGACGAUCUUGUCAAGUAUAAGAAAUUGCUUCAGGAAGAUCACAACAGUUUACUCUUACUUGAUAAACAUCUCGAAAGAUUAGAAUGCAAAAUGAACAUAUCUAUCCCUAAAAGUGAGGCAAGAAAUAAACAUGCCAGGUCAAGCGCUGCGACAUCCAAAAACAGCGAAAUCAUUUCAAAUUUUUGUCGUCGAGUUGACAGACUAGAACGUGAAUUGCCAAGCCCUGUUGACUCGGUACCAGGGCCCUUUAGACCGACUAUUUUCCAUAGAGCAAGAUAUAUUCGGUUGAUGAAUAAAUCAAGUUUUAUGGCAAGCAAUUUUCGUUGGGAGGAACUUGGCAAUUUUCUUCAGGGAUUUAACGAUAGUGUAGAUAUGCAGAUAUGUGCUGGUAUUCAAUCAGCUCUAGCACUUAGUCAUCGGUCAAGAAAGGACGAAUGUUUUGAAGUUCUGAAUCGUUUGAUUCCAAAGGCUCUCUUGGCCAAACAGUAUGGGUAA